AUGUCUCGUAGAAAUAUUCAACGUCGUCCAUCGAUCAUAUUCGUAUCAGACGAAGAGACUGAUGAGAAAAAUGAUACUGUAAUGGACACAGAAUUUUCUACACCAAUGGCACAAUAUGUUCAUUCAGAUGUAAUACAAACAAAUGAACGACAAUCAGUUCUACCACUAUCGACACCAAUACGUUCAUCAGCUCGAAGACAGCGAACAACAACAACAGCAACAACAACAACUACUACUACAAGAUCACAAGGAUUUGAAGUGAUCGAGUUAGUAACACCAAAAAAAUCACCGACUAUUCAUUGUCAACCAAAUUAUAUACCACGUACAAUUCAUUUUUUUAAUCAACAACGUUUAUCAAUUUUACCUAAAUUUCCAACAACAGGUAAUACUACUAAUAUACAUUUAUUAUUAGCCAAUGUACCUAUGGCUCAAUUAUCAUCCGAAGAAUU